CCUUUGACUUGCUCACCCAAGUUCUCCAGAACAUAUGAACACUUGUAUUCCAGCUCACAGCUGUAGCUAUAUCGUAUUUUAAAAGAAAUCUUGAUGCCAUCCCAACUUUUGAUGCAGGAACUCAACUUCAAUUUUUUCUCUCAGCCCUUUCCAAUACUAAAUAAGACAAUGAAAGGUGAUGAAAAUGCGCCUGUGGUGAAUCCCAACAACAGGAUAUCCCCAAAGCAAUGUGGUUAGCACAAAAAACAAGAGAAGCACUUAUUUCGUAGAUAUAGUCCAAGCCUAUUAAAAACUGAUUUUAAAGAAAAGCUGCCAAGCAGAGAUUUCGUCAGAUUUGGACACCCAUAUUCUCUUAGGAGUCGCUCUGCACACAGCAGGCGUGGUUCAGCCCCUGCUAAACCUCAGGGGGAGGAAAACAAGGAGCAAAACCGCGCGGGGACACGGUGCUCCCUCAGGAACAGCCCCGCCUGAGCCAGCAGCAGCGAUAGCCGGCGGUGUGCUACAGCCCGUUUCCCCCCGGCAACCUACGUGGAGGGUCGUGGAAAGGGAGGAUGAGAUGCGAGGCGGCAGCUCCACGGCGGAUGCAGGCCACGCCACCCCCGCGCUGACGGGAGCGGCCCGCCGCUCAGGAGGCGGUGGGCGUCCUCUGCCUGGUCUCUCUGGUGUUCGCGCUGGACUACAAGUACCACCACAGCGAGGAGCUGGAGGCGUACCUGAAGGAGGUGCACGCCGCCCACCCGGAUCUCACCCACCUGCACAGCAUCGGCCGCUCGGUGGAAGGUAGAGACCUGUGGGUUCUUGUUCUGGGAAGGUUUCCAACCCAACAUAAGAUUGGCAUUCCAGAAUUCAAGUAUGUUGCUAAUAUGCAUGGGGAUGAGACUGUAGGGAGAGAAAUCUUACUCCAUCUGAUAGAGCACCUGGUGACCAGCUAUGGACGUGACCCAGCUAUUACCCGGCUACUCAAUAAUACCCGGAUUCACAUCAUGCCAACGAUGAACCCCGAUGGCUUUGAAGCUACAGUGGUGCCCGAUUGUUAUUACUCACGAGGAAGGUACAAUAAGAAUGGAGAAGAUCUGAACAGAAAUUUUCCCGAUGCCUUUGAAAAUAACAACAAUAUCAUUCAGCCAGAGACUCAAGCAGUGAUAAACUGGAUAAAAAAUGAAACAUUUGUUCUUUCAGCAAACCUGCAUGGGGGUGCCCUGGUUGCCAGUUAUACAUUCGAUAACGGCAACUCAGUUACUGGCACAUCAAAUGGUUACAGCAGGUCUCCAGAUGAUGAUGUUUUUGUUCACCUGGCAAAAACCUAUUCUUUCAACCAUGCCAGCAUGUACAAAGGGACUGGGUGUGACAGCAGACAGACCUUCCCAGAUGGCAUUACCAAUGGGUACUCCUGGUACCAGCUGGAAGGUGGAAUGCAAGAUUACAACUACGUCUGGGGACAGUGUUUUGAAAUCACACUGGAGCUGUCAUGCUGUAAAUAUCCUCCAGCAGAGCAGCUGGAGAAAUUCUGGAGAGACAACAAAGUUGCUCUGGUUGAAUAUAUAAAGCAAGUACACCUAGGAGUCAAAGGUCAGGUUACUGAUAAAAAUGGGAAUCCUAUUCCCAACGCAAUCGUGGAAGCCAAAGGGAGGCCUCACAUCUGCCCCUACAGGACAAACGAGCACGGCGAGUACUUUCUUCUCCUUUUGCCUGGGAAGUACGUGAUCAACGCUACGGUACCAGGAUUUAAAUCGAUGCUGAAGACAGUGGACAUACCUGACAACACCGCUAACUUCAGCGCUCUGAAACAAGACUUCUCAUUCCCAGAGGUCUCUGUCAAACCAAGACCUGCUUCGUGCCCCAGAGUCCCUCUGUACCAGGAGCUCGAACGCUCGUCAGCUGCAGUGAAACCAACUCUACAUAUCUUGGUUUUAGUGAUGGUUGCAAUUUCCAUUUUCAAAUGAAGUCAGGAAUUACGUGGCAUGGCAAAAGCCUCCUGCACAAAUAUGGCUUCUGAAACAAAGAUUGUAUGCAAGAGAAUGUUUCUGUAAAGCUGAGAAUUUGGUUUAUAAUCACGUUUAUUGCAUUUUGUAAAAUACUGCCUUGACAAUCAAAUGUUAUACUUUAAUUAGACUGUCCCUUUUCUACAAUGAUACUUCAAAGAAAUACUGUACAGCCUAUGGAGAUCAUAGCUGUGGAUGUUUGCUGCAGUGUUACACACUUUAAAGAACUUGCCAGAGGUUCAAAAACAGUUUGGGAUUGUGCUGCAAAUGUUUCCCAGUGGUGCUCUGUUGGACCAGCAGUUUGUGUGCCCACACACGUGUAAGCAAUUAGAUCCAUCCUAAUUUCUCAUAAUAAAGCCACUUCUAUAAAUGAAGAAUGACACUUUUAACUGUGCUCUUUCCUGUCUAGACAAAUGAGACUGAUCAGGACUGAAAUAACAUCAGUAACACCCGUUCUAAGAAAGGAUGCAGAGAGGAAGCAGUGGGAGGUAUGUGCCGAAAGGCUGUGUGCUGAAGGCUUGGUGCCAGCCUGUGCCACCAGGCAGAGCUCAGAGGGAACACUGGUUUCAACAGUUCUGCCUAAAGUCUCUGAAAACCAUACAG